AUGAAACGAAAAUUGCGGCAUAACGCGCCUCCGAUCGCCGUUACCUAUCUAUUCCUCCUCCAGACAACCUCCGCAAUUAUACUAUCUGGAGGUCCAAAUUCCUACGCUCGUUAUCCGAAAUGGGCACACUCGUACGAGAAUUCGCUAUCGCUCGAGCUGAAGACCCGGCAGAGCGACGGGAUGCUUCUAUAUACGGACGAUGGGGGGCAAAACGGCAAUUUUUAUGCACUGACGAUUGCUGAUGGGAGGAUACAGUUGGACUUUCGGCUCGGUGACAACGCCAACGAACCGGGAAAACGUCCAGUAAAUACAAUCCGCAUUGAAGAUGUUCGAGUUGAUGAUGACCGCUGGCAUACAUUAUCGGUUUUUCAGUCCUGGGAAAACGUCAAAAUCGAGCUCGACCAAACGACUGCCUUCCGAAUAUUAUACCAACGGAGCUUUGUGUUUGGGAAUCUACUCAAAAACUCGGAUGUGUAUGUGGGCGGGAUACCGAAGGACCUCCAUCUCCUUCCCACAAUGUCUUCUCCAUUACGACGCCAUACCAAACACCUAGCCGGAAAUGUUCGAAAUCUCCUCUACCGUCUCUACCCCCAAGGCGUUACCUCUCCACAACUCCUCGAAGCAUACGGUACCCGGCAAAGCGAUGAAGACUUUUGUCGAACCAAUGCGAAUUCGCUGCGGGACCUUGUGUUUUGUCAAAAUGAGGGAUAUUGCUACAGUACCAACGAUGGGCCAAAGUGUGAUUGUUCAGCAACAGAUUAUGAAGGGCCACACUGUGUCUCUGAGAAACCUGAUGGAGAAUUGUCAUUCUUCGGGCAAGAAUGGGUCGGUUAUGAUGUUUCCAACGCUACAUCAGCUCCAACAAAAACAAAACGAGAGACGAUACAUAUGAUGUUCAAAACUGUGCAUGGAGAGGCUUUACUGUUUUAUGCUGGUGACGAAACGAAUUUCUUGCGAAUCUCGAUCGAAGACGGUGCUGUACAUGCCUAUUCAAAAUUUGAAGGUACCGAGCAACGCAUGGUUCGUAUGUUCAAUUCAAUCAAUUCCGGCCGCUACGAUGACGAUCUGUGGCACAAUAUUAUCGUCGACCGCAGCCUCCAUCUGCUAGUACUGACAGUUGAUGGGCAGCGGGAUGAGAUUCGACAAUAUGCACCGGAAACAGAUUGGAUUGGUCACUCAUUUGCCUUUGUUGGCGGGUUGCCAAGGGAUAAAAAUCGUCUUGGUGUUAGAUCAAAGCCCUUUCGAGGAUGUAUGCGUCAGGUGCGAUACGAAGCUGAUGCUCAACAAGUCCUCUUCGUCAACCUAGCUGAUGAGGGCUUUGGGGAAUCGGUGAUCAGAACCGGCGGGGAGCUGGCUUUUUCCUGUAAAAAUCCACAGGUCCCACCCGAUGUGCUAUCCUUUAACACAAGCGAUUCCUACAUUGCUUUGCCGAAAUGGAAUUCGUUGGCUAGUGGCAGCAUCAGCUUUCAAUUCCGGACACCAGACCCCGACGGUCUUAUCCUAUUUCACGGCGAUGUAGCCUCAUCCUCAGACUUUGUCGCGUUCGAACUCAUAGACGGUCAUUUAUUUCUCGUCAUCGACCUAGGCAGCGGCCAUGUUCGACUUCAGACAACCUCCGAGCGAGUCGACGCCUCCCCAUCACAAUGGCAUACCGUAUUGCUCGAAAGGGUUGGACGGACCGGCAGUGUUGUGGUGGAUUCGGUGAAAACGGACUUCAGCACCCCGGGUGUUUCCUCGAAUUUGAUAGUCGAUGAUCCGGUAUAUAUCGGCGCUAUUCCGUUCCGAAACGAUUCAAAGCGACGGUUUCCGUCAUCGGUUUGGUCAAUAACAUUGCGAAAGGGUUUCAUCGGUUGCAUCAAAAACGUCCGCUUCAACGGAAUCUCCUCCAAAAUCUCCACCGUUUUCCAAGAGCAAAAUGCCACCGGUGUCUCCAUGGGAUGCCCAAACACCCAUAAGAUUGAUUUCUGCGAGGGGAAUCCGUGUCAGAACUUUGGACGCUGCCAAUCCGGAUUUUCGACGUUCCAGUGUGAUUGCAGUGGGACUGGGAUGGAAGGCGUAAUUUGUGGAAAAGAACCUCCAGUCACCAACCUUAACCCUGAUCGCCCUCUAUCCGUUGUCCUACCUACCGUAAUGGCAAGCGAGGCAGAAAGUGUGGAGCUACGAUUUCGGACCGAUAUCCCAAAAGGAAUCCUGCUCGACACUCGCUCCGUCUCCAACCGCACCCAUCGCUUUGUGCUCCAAAUUUCUAGCGGCGAGCUGGAGCUGUUCAUCAAUUUCGGAAAGGGCAAGCAUACGUUCAAUUGGGGACGAGGACUUCACGACAAUCGUUGGCAUGAGGCAAGAAUGAAGAGAAGAGGAGAGCGAUUGUUGCUAUAUUUGGAUGGAAAAUGGGAACAUAGUUAUUUUCUUCCUGCCCAAGACCUCGUGCUCGAAGUUGACGAACUAGCUUUGGGUCACAGCCUACACAGUGAAAGCGGUGAAGAACCGUUUAGAGGCCAGCUCACCUCGGCCAAAUUCAACCACCUGGAUCUUCUUUCAAUUCUACGAAAAGAAGGGCGACUGCAUGGUAGCAGUGGAACAAGCAAGGAAAGCAAGGGACAGCGCAAUAUAAAAACAAAAUCUCCGGCUGUUUCCUUUACAAAUACUACGGGUUUUGUGACUUUGGCGCCGCAUCGGGUAUCACGGGUGCGCGGCGAUUUUCGGGUAUCCUUCAAGUUCCAGACGCUAUCCAGACAUGCGCUACUUUUUGCUACUUCCAGCAUUGAUACAACAGUCGAUUCGGUUAUUAUUGAGUUGGUUCAUGGGAGAAUACGGUACACCUACCGCGCAGGGCUGCGGGAGGAAACGAUCGCUUCUCCACAACUGCCAUUUGGAAGCCAUCUAAGCGAUCUACGAUGGCACAGUUUAUUGGUGUAUCAGGAUGGGAAGACUGGGGAGCAUGUGUUGCUCGUUGACAACACUACGUCUGUACUUUCUAAGAUGAAACAUCAUCGGGCUGUAUUAGCGGGGACGGCUUAUUUUGCCGGAAUCCCACCAUCGUCGCCAGUUUCCGGAAGACUUGCUACAGUACGUGGUCUACGAGGUUGCCUCUCAAGCCUCCGGCUUGGCGAUGAAAACCUGGAUAUUCUGGAUGAAGCCGAAAGGUUAAAUGCGGUAGUACGGGGAUGUCAAGGUCCAUUGGCGAAGUGUUCUCCGGGUGUUUGUUCGAAUGGAGGCCGCUGUAUUCAGCAGUGGAACUCGAUUCGGUGUGAUUGUUCGUUGACGGCACACGCUGGGGAGAGGUGUAAUCAACCGGCUACAACCUACACUUUCCCACGCGAGCCUUCAGUAAUUUUCUAUGAAUAUUCUGAAGGGGAGCGUCCAUCGACGGAAAAGGAUUUUGUGGUUCUUGCCUUCAAAACAUCUGCACUCGAAGGAGUUUUGUUGAGUAUUGAAUGUCUAGCAGACCGGGACUAUUUGGCAUUAUUCUUGCGUCAAGGCCUACUCGUGUUGCGCUUCAAUUUGGGCAGCGUUGACCAUUUUGUCCCAUUGACGAAUACACCCAUGAAUGAUGGAAUCGUGCAUGUCGUCAAGCUAUUCCGAGCUGAUGCGAACAUUACGGCCGUCGUUGAUAAAUAUCCACCAGUGCGAUAUCGCCCGGAAAUUAGUGAAACACUUGUCACCCUAAAUAUGCAGUGGAGGAUCUCGCUUGGUUCCGCGUUGAAUGCUAAGCAUUUGAUGAAUGGAGAUCGGGUCAAACGGCACCUCAUCAAAAUCAUCGAUCCAUUCGAGGGCGACAUCGGAGGUGUCAAUUUCAACGGGCUGAACAUCUUGGAUCUGCACGCGCAAGGUCAUCCAAACGUGAGAGCCGUCGGCGGCGUGAGGCUUGCCUACGAAGCUCCACCGAAGAUGCACAGCAGCGCUGAGGACAUCGAUUUUGAUGGCGCGCAACCAUCCCCAUUCUUCGAGGCGAUUGGCCCGAGCUGUCUUAGCAUCGAGGAACAAGAGAGUUGUCUCGUCGACCCGGAACCCAUCGGGUUCUUCACGCCGCAACUGCCGACCGCAGUAACGGCGUCGAGACGGGUGCAAGCAGCGACACACGAGAAGGAAAAAUCGAGCCCGACCCCGUUCCUGCCGGCAUCGAGUGGCCGGGUGACGCCGUACACCGCGUAUCCCCCAGUCCGUCCGACAACUCCUAUGGGAGAUUUGAUCACCACGACAAUGAAGCCAAGUGGAGGUGAAGAUUUCCCACGGACGAUGCUGAUCAUGGUGGGGUCGGGAACGGUGAUUCUCCUCAUAGCCGCCAUCGUCUUCUGCGUGUUCAAGUGCCGCCAAAAUGGGCCGCCGCCGGAGCAUUAUCCAAUGGUGAUGAACGGGAAAGCGGUGGGUUAUGCGCCGAUCAGCCAAGAGAUGACACCACAAAUGACACAUCAUGGAGACCCUGCCAGUCAGCCAUUGAUAUCUCCACGUAUCAGCACCCAGGUCAAUGGCUACCAGCCUUUGAAAGGUGCAGUGAUACCUAAUGGGAAUGGUAUCACCGAUAAUGGGAUGACCUUCAAUGGAGGAGCAAAUGGCGCUGCCAGACGCAUGAAUGGCGGUAUGAACGGCUCCAUGUCCCACCUCAAUGGCGGCGGCCAAAAUGGCAACGGCCCCAAGGGUAACGCGAAAAAGAAAGAUUUUAAAGAAUGGUAUGUG